CGACAGCCUGACAGACAGACAGACAGACAGAGAUUCAGGUUCUUAAUUAGCAGCACCUACAUUAUUAAUGGCGACGAGCAUUCAGGAGAUGAUAAAAAAAGUACCCUCGAAUUCUGUCCCUACUCCCUACCUCGUACACCCCGAGCCCGCCAUUUCCCAAAAUAGCUCUCCACCCAUCCCCGUCUUCGACUUUCAGGCACUCCUACGCGCCGCCCCGGACCACCGCCGGACCGCCUUCCACUCCGCCUGCAAAGACUGGGGCAUCUUUCAGUUACUAAACCAUGGCGUCGACGCCACGCUCCUGGACGAGCUGAAGCGCGAGAUUCAUGGAUUCUACCACAAUCUCCCAUUAGAGGAGCGACUCAAAUACAAAAAACUCCCCGGAGAAGUCGAGGGCUACGGCCAGACGCCGGCGGCGGCCGUCUCCGACGACGGCCAGAAGAUCGAUUGGGCGGACAGGUUUUACAUCAUCACCAAUCCCCUCCACAUCAGGAAAUCCCAUCUCUUCCCGUGCCUGCCUCCACCCCUCCGAGAAGCUCUGGAAGCGUACAUGGCGGAGCAGCAGAAGCUGACGGCGGCGAUAUUAGGGCUGAUUGCAGAAGCCCUGGAGAUGGAGGCGGCGGAAAUGGCGGACAUGUUCGAUGACGGGAUGCAGUCGAUGAGGAUGACCUACUACCCGCCGUGCCCGGAGCCGGAGAAGGUGAUCGGACUGACGCCGCACUCCGACGCCUGCGCGAUCACGAUCCUCCUCCAGGUCAACGGCGUCGAAGGUCUGCAGGUCAAGAAAGAUGGGGUUUGGAUGCCCGUCGGAAUCCUCCCAGACGCCAUCGUCGUCAACCUCGGAGACAUCACAGAGAUAUUGAGCAAUGGAUUGUACAAGAGCAUCGAGCACAGGGCGACGGUGAAUUCAGAGAAAGAGAGGAUCAGCAUCGCCAUGUUCUUCAGCCCUAAGCUGGAAGCGGAGGUGGGCCCGGCGCCGUCGCUGUUGAAGAACACCGGCGAGCCGCCGCGCUUCCGCCGCAUGAAGAUGGAGGACUAUUCCGCCAAGUUCUUCUCCAAGAAGCUCGACGGAAAAUCAUUCCUCCAUUACAUGAGAAUUAACAGGGAAGACCACCAUAGUGGAUAUGGUAACUAAACAAUUUAUAUUGAAUAAAAUUGUAAGCUGAUUAAUAUUCACAGUUAAAAACAGUUCCCAUCUAUCCAUUCAACACAUAAAUAAUU